UCAGCCUCGCACUUUUUAGGUGGGGAAAAAAAGCACCCCUGUAGACCGCACCACAAUUGGGGAUGUAGAGCCCGAAGGUGGAGGAACGGGAUGGAGUGCUCCUGGAAGACGGUGUUGCUGCUGGUGUGCGCCUCACUGGGAGUCCAGUACACAGCCAUCCGCACGCUGAGGGACUCACGGUCUGGACCGUGUCAGGGUGUCUAUCAAUGUCAGAGCAAACAUCACAGAGAAUCCAAUUGGAGACCUUUGUGCGAUGAGAGCUGGACGUCCACGGAGGCACCUCGGAAGCACAUCCUGUUGUUUGCCACGACGCGCAGUGGUUCCUCCUUCACCGGUCAGCUCCUCAAUCAGCACCCUGAGAUCUUUUACAUGUUUGAACCUCUUUACCACGUCCAGCAGGCCUUCACAAACUCCAGUGGUAGACUGCGUCGCGGCUUAGACCGCCGGGCCCUCCUGGGCGCAUACAGAGACCUCCUGCUCAACUUGUACAACUGCGACCUUCACUUUAUAGAGAGUUACAUCCGCCCUGAGCCCCAGGACCACGUCACUAAUUUUUUCUUUCGCAGAAGCUCGAGUCAUGCUCUUUGUUCUCCGCCGGUGUGCAUGGAAGGAGCAGAUGGACAAGUACUUGAGCCACCUGAAGAAACAUGGUGUACCAAAAAGUGUGGGGCACUGAACCUCACCUUAGCUUCAACAUCGUGUCUAUCGAGAGGUCACAUAGCCAUAAAGACUGUUCGGAUCCCUGAGGUGGGGGACCUGCGAACUUUAGUUGAAGAUCCACGCCUAGACCUUAAAAUCAUUCACCUGGUGAGGGACCCUAGAGCCAUUCUGGCCUCACGCAUGAUGGCAUUUUCAGAUCAGUUUCGCGCUUGGAAAAUAUGGAAUGCUACAGGACGGCAGCCCCGGUAUGUGGAUCUAUCGCAGAUCACAAGCACCUGCAAGGACAUGGUGGCCUCUGCAGAAACAGGUUUACAGAAACCAGUUUGGCUGCAGGGACGCUACCUCUUGGUGAGAUACGAGGACCUGGCAUUCAACCCACAGCACAAAGCCACAGAGAUUUACCAGUUUCUUGGGCUAGAUAUGGAGGACAGGGUUCAGGCAUGGAUUACAAAGAACACCAACAGUAAUUUGUCUUCUCCAUCAGAAUGGAAUUACAGAUACUCCACCACCAGAGAUUCCAGGGUGACAGCUGAGAGCUGGAGGCUUCGUCUCGGCUUUGACAUUGUCAGAACUGUGCAGAAUCUGUGUAACAAAACAUUGGCCCUGUUGGGGUAUAAACUUGUUCAUUCUGCAGCCCAACUUAGAAACUUGUCUCACAGUCUAGUAGAAACCAGACGGAACCUAGAAACAUUCCAACCCAGCCUAUCUUAAACAUGAGGCCAAUCAGUUAUUGGGUCGCAUAAUGUCAGAGUAAAUUGCUGUAAGUUAUUUGAUUGAUUGUCAAGGCAGACAAUUUCUU